AGGAAGACACAACCUUGAAGAAAACAGAAUCAUAUAAGUACAUCAGGUUUCAUAGAGCCAAACAUUUCAAGUGCUACUCCACUGGCUUUAGAUAAGCCAGUCCUUUAUUAGUAUAAAAGUGCUUCAGAGCUUACACUGGUUUAUAUCAUUUGGCUUGGAGGGUUUUCUAUGUGACAGCAUUCAAAUAUGAGUUGUAGCCUCAAAUGCCAGCCACAGUUGCUCUGCUGACAUCCAGGAAGAGACAUCCAGCCCCGACUCGCUGUGGAAAGGUGAGAAGAUGUUGGGACCAGACUAUAAGAAGAAAUGGUGGUUAGCAGCUCUCAUCUGCCUUAUUUGCUCUGCUCUUACAAUCACUCUGUAUUACAACGUUCGAUCUCCUGGGAGCCCAUGGGCUCCUACUCCUACUCCUACACCUACUCCGACAAAGCCCAUAGUCCUGCUGUGGUUCUGGCCCAUCGGUGUCAAGUUUGAUCUCAAAGGUUGCUUGACCCACUUCAACAUUGAUAGCUGUGUUCUGACAGAUGACAGAUCCCUCUACAGCAAGGCCAAGGGAGUCAUUUUCUACCAUAAAGAUAUCUCCCAUGGGUUACAAAACAUGCCGAAGGAUCCACGUCCGACUUUUCAGAAGUGGAUUUGGUUCCACGUAGAAUCCCCGUCAAACACAGCAAAGAUCCCUGGUCUGGACAACCUGUUCAACUUAACACUGAGCUACAGGAGAGACGCUGACGUCACGGUGAGGAAUUAUCUCACUAUCAGGAAGACAGAAAUGACAGAGGACUUUGUUUUGCCAAAAAAAGACAAACUGGUGUGCUGGAUAGUCAGUAACACUGACCAUCACACUGGAACAGCUGUGAGAGAGAAAUAUUAUCAUGAACUGUCCAAACACGUCGAAAUCCACGUCUUCGGUGCAGCCUUUGGAGGGAAGCGUUUGAGCUACGAGGACUACUACUCCACCAUAGCCAGCUGUAAGUUUUACCUGUCGUUUGAGAACUCAGUCCACAGAGACUACAUCACAGAGAAGGUUAACGGGCCCCUCGUGGCCGGGGCGGUCCCUGUAGUAUUGGGACCGCCAAGAGAAAACUACGAGCAGUUCCUUCCCUCCGACGCCUUCAUUCACAUCAACGAUUUCCCUGAUGCAAAGUCACUGGCACAGUUUCUGCUGGGCAUGAAGGACGAGGCGUACAUGCGUUACUUUGAGUGGAGGAAGUUUUUCAUGGCCACCCCUCAUCUCCUGUCCGUAUACAACGAGUUCCUUCAGCCCAUCUGCCUCGCCUGCGACCACAUGUCAAGAGACCGGGAUUUCCGUGUAGUUCAUGACCUUUAUAAGUGGUACUUUACAUGAAAAUGCCAAUAAAAACAACAUUUGAAAGUG